GGGCUGUGCAGCCACGUCCCCGCUCGGGCCGGGCUGUGGCGAUGCGGCCGGCGGGACGCGGCCGUGCGGUGCUGCUGGCCCGGCCGUGCCGCGCUGCGCACCCGGCCAUGCGGCCGUGCUGACCCGGCCAUGCGGCGGCCCUGCAAGGUGGCGGCGGCCCUGCUGUGCCUGGCCGUGCUGCUGCUGCUCUAUCUGCUGGCGGGCAGCGCGGCCCCGCCGCCCGCGCCCUCCGCGCCCGGGCCCCUGCCCUCGGGAAUCCCCGGCCGCUGUGACCCGCCCGCCCCGCGGGUCCCCUCGGCGGUGUCGCUUUGGUGCCGGAAGCCUGGAGAGCAGAAACACCCAAAGGAGCCCUCCUCCUUGCAGUGCAUGCAUCUGGCAGUGGUGGCAUGUGGGGACCGGCUGGAGGAGACGCUGAUCAUGCUGAAAUCAGCAGUUCUCUUCAGCAGCAGGAGGCUCUGCUUCCACAUCUUUGCCGAGGAUUCCCUUAAGCCUGAAUUUGAGACAAAGUUAAAGGAGUGGCCUUCCUCAUACAGAAAGAAGUUUGAGUCCAACAUUUACCCAAUAACCUUCUCAGUAGGAAAUGCUCAGGAAUGGAAAAAGUUAUUCAAACCAUGUGCUGCCCAGCGCCUGUUUCUUCCGGUGAUUUUAAAGGACGUGGAUUCCCUGCUUUACGUGGACACUGACGUGCUGUUCCUGAGGCCCAUCGAUGACAUCUGGCACCUCCUGAGGGAAUUCAACUCCACCCAGCUGGCUGCCAUGGCCCCCGAGCACGAGAUCCCCAAGAUUGGCUGGUACAGCCGCUUCGCCCGGCACCCCUUUUACGGCAGCACCGGCCUCAACUCCGGCGUGAUGCUGAUGAAUUUGACGCGGAUCCGCAGCACCCAGUUCAAGAACAGUUUGAUACCAGGUGGCUUGACUUGGGAGGAAAUGUUAUAUCCAUUGUACCAAAAGUACAAAAAUUACAUCACGUGGGGAGACCAGGAUUUGCUAAAUAUCAUUUUUUACUUUAACCCAGAGUGUCUGUACGUGUUCCCCUGCCAGUGGAACUACCGGCCUGACCACUGCAUGUACGGCAGCAACUGCAGGGGGGCGGAGGAGGAGGGGGUCUCCAUCCUGCACGGCAACAGAGGCGUCUACCACGACGACAAGCAGCCCACCUUCAGGGCCCUCUACGAGGUGAUCCGGGAUUUUCCAUUUGAAGACAAUCUCUUCCAGUCUUUGUACUACCCUCUGCAGUCGAGGUUUCUGGAUACAGUGCACACUUUAUGUGGGAGAAUUCCACAAGUAUUUUUGAAGCAAAUUGAGAAAACUAUGAAGAAGGUGUAUGAAAAUCGUGUCAUUGUGUACUUGGGGGCCAACCACAGAUACUAACUGUAGCUCUCUUACACAGAAGUUUUAAGUCUUGUACUCCAUUUCAUGAAGGAUACAAAUGAAGAAUAUGAACUCUUCUACUCAGAAUUAAAAUAUUUCUAUUUCCAGUUCCAAUUUUCUAAUAACCCUUGAAAUUACAAAAAGCAGGAAAUCCUAGAAGCCUACUGAGAUUGUUGCUGAGAACAGCAGGAGAAUCCUUUCUUUGUGGAAUACAGUUGUGGCCUGCCACCCCAGUCCCUUACAGUUUAAGGAGGUAUUCUCUCUGCAAUGUGAAUUGCAUUAGGCACAGUCCAGGACUAUUGUCAGUGAAGAGUACAAACCCAGGUACUGGUGAUCCAUCCUCCUCUUCAAGUGCUGUUCCCUGCACAGCAACAGCAGUAUUCCACUGCCACACGAUUUUCCAUCCCUGCCAUGGGAGAUGGCCAGGGCUGCCCCUGACUCCCCUCUCCUGCAUGGAAAUAUUUCUGCCUGGCACUUCCAUUUCUGGGAUCACAGGACCACAGAAUUCUAGAAGGGACCAUCAUGGAUAUCUUGUUCCACACCCUGCCAUGGGCAGGGACAUCUUCCACUAGACCAGGUUACUCCAGCCCUGUCCAGCCUGGCCUUGGACACUUCCAGGGAUGGGGAAAUUGAGACCUUUAUGCUGGGAUCAAAAUGAAUAGCCUCAAAGUGGAAGAGGAUACAAAAUGGCUUUGAUGUUUAUUUAAAAUACUUCAUUUAGUUUAAAUUUCCAAGGUAUGAUCAUCAUCUUCUGAUAAGCACAAAGAGCUUGUUUAAAUUGCAGUAGCUGAAAGGUGUUUGGGACCAUUCCCUGGGGAACUGGAAGGGAGGACACUCCUGCAGAGCAGCUAUCCAAGAGCACACUCACUCCUAAAGAGCAGUGAUCCAAGAGCAGACUCCCAGAGGGCAUUUUCUAGGUGUAAGCCCCAUGGCUGUGUGUAGGAGUGCUUCAAGGAAGCAGCGGAGAAAAUGAUGUUACUUUUCAAGUCUGUUGAGCAGAAAACAUCAGCCAUUACUUGGAACUGCUCAUUUUUGUAUCUAACAGGCAAAGGAGGAGCAGGGUGGGCAGGGUGAGAUAAUGGAGCCUUCCCCUAAUGAAAGGAAAACUGGCACAGAUGAAAUAUCCUGUAUAUGUAUCAUACAUUUGUUAGAGAGAAAUGCUUGGGGACUGUGGAUGAGGGAAAGGUUAUGUUCCCAAAGUUAAAAUAGGAUUUCUGAGGAAUUGCAGUUUUGGGCGUUCUCCCCUAUCCAGUCAGGGUUUCAUAUGAAAACACCAGAGUCUCCCUUUUGUCUCAUACAUUUCUCUCUCCUUGUGUGGCAGUUCCUGAGAGGAGGGAAAGCACGACCUUGGUGCCAUCCCAGGCUGCCAGGUAAGAGCCUGUGCAGAGGAUGGAGUCCCAACAAGCUUUUCCCAAGGCCUGGAGUGCGAGAGUGUCUGUGACACAGCCUGGCAGAGAGCAGGGCUGCGGGCAGCUGAGCAGGGGAGCAGUGGGACAGGGGCUUGGAGUAAGGGACAGCAGAACUGCAGGACCUCACAGGAGUGACAGGAACAGAAACCUUGUUUGCACCUCUGCUGCAAAUCGUAAUCACAGUUUGGUUAAACAGCGUUCUGACUCCAGCCCUUAUCUCACAGCGUUUGCCACCGGAGUGUAAAUUGACAUGUGAAGGACAGAGGCAGCUCGACUGUUGUGAUUGAAAGCCUGGGACCCAGAAAGUCAUUUAAACUUGAGCAGAGGUGCCUUUCCAGCUUGCCUUAGGAUUUUCUAUUUCAGCUGGAGUUUCAGUUGCCAAUUUUUAAGCAAGAGUACCCUUCUACCUGCUGAGAGAAGUUUGAAAUGUAACCCAAAUGAGCAUUGAAGAUUUCAGAACCAGAAGGCAAAGAAAAGAAGGUAAAGCUGCUGAUAUAAAAAGUCUAAAAUAAUGUAUGACAGGUAAAACCUUUAGGCCAGCAAUUCUGAGAGCUUGUCUAAAGUAUUAGCUUGCUUUUAGUCUUUAUUUUCAAGUGUCAGGGUACAGCUGACAGAGGUCUGAGGAGGCUGGUGGAGCUGCAUGCUGGGCAGGCUGAAUUCCUGAUUUCCAUGGUGUCUCCAAGGCACAGGCAGCUGCAGAGCACAGCCUUGCUGCCCAGACAGUUGCACCCCAGUGCUGAGGCUCUGGAGUUGGGAGGCUGUGGUUGUGUAAGCUGUGAUUCAGCGGAACCCUGCAACUACAGGCACAUUCAAAUGAAGGAGUGGAAUUCAUUACAAAACAAAGGCAUUGUUGCAUAUGAACUGAUAAGAGAUUAAAGCAGUGCUUUUUGUGUUCACAGGAGGUGCUACAUUUUGUUUAGGAUGAACUGAGUUGUGUUCUCAACAGCUAUUAAAUAUAUGAAGUACUUGCUUUAACAUGAAGACUCUUGUUAAUUUAAUAUCAGCUGGCAGGAAGAAUGGGGGAGGUUCCCCCCUGCUGGGCUUUUUCUGAGGAAAAAAGCAAUAAUUUGAGCUCUCCAAAGUGUUUUAAAACAAUUACGUAACUUUGUUUUUUGUUGUUGUUAGAAUUAUUAAUUUAUAUUUCACUACAGCUUCCAAAACCAUGUUAUACUUUAUUUUUAACAGUAGUUGAUUGUAAUAUUCAUUUUACUUAGAAACCAGUUUUAAUUCAUUUUGUAUUUCAUACUUGUGGCUAAUUCCAUGUUAAUUAGCCUUCAUUUAUCUUAAUAAUGGGAUGUGUAAAUACUUACAAAGACUUUAUGUCCUCAUUUCCCCUUCCUCUCCCGUGUUUUAGUUAUUUCCAGUGGUAUAAUGGAUAGAGCUCAGCAGCGUUUUGCUUACAGGGGAAACUGGAAACUGCUCAGUGUGUGUGUGCACAGCACGAGCAUGUGUGUAACAAAUGUCCCUUUUCUCUGUCACUGAAUUGCUUGUGGAUUUUUCUUUGACAAAUGCACUGAUUGUUACAGCUCCCAAGGAGGCUGAGCAGUGCAUUUCUGAGUUGAAGGCGAUCCCUUGGCUUACAAUACAAAUAAAUGAAAUUUUAAGCAAGCUCUACAGUUUGAUAGUUUUCUUUUAAAUACAAGAUUUUGUGCUGGUCUGAUUGGGAUAGAGUUUUGUAGGUGUGAUGUUUUAGUGUGUGUAUACCAGGUUUGACAGCAGGGAACACAGAUAAAUGUUCCUCUUUUACAGUUUUACUGUAGUGAAAGAGUCUGAUAUUGGAUAUAAAGAGAGACAAAUACAUUUAACUUCCCCCAAAGUGCUCGUGUGUCCUGCUGCAGCUCCAGCUGUGUUACGGUGAGCGUAGAUCAGAACCUUCUCUCAAAGGAAACUGGAGUUUUAUCUUUUAUUCUUUACUGUUUCUCCAUAAUGUUUCACUCUCUGGACGUCAUUUAGCAUCAUUUCCCCUCCCUCCUUCUUGUAUGCAUUUUUGACAUUCUUGUGUGGUCGCUGCUGUGCUGUCCUUGCUUGUGACAUCUCUUUGUGACAUCUCUGUGUGACAGAAGCUGCUGGGCUGUCUGUUCAGCCAGAUCCUGGUGCUGACACUGCUCCCAGCUGGGUGAUGUGUUGGGCUCAGCCUCAGCUCUCAGAAAUCAAGAAUAAGGCUGUCCCUGACAUGGAUGGGCAGAGGUGGGCCAGCUGUAAAACCGGCCCUGUGUAGGUCCUGGGAAGGCUCUGGGUGUGUGUUACACACUCACAGUCACACUGCUCGGUGAGCCAGGGUUUUUCACUUGCAAACGUGGCUCCAGCCAGUGUUGCUGUGGGGAGAAUAGAGAUUUCCCAAGCUGGGAAUAAAGUACAACUAAAGAAAGAAAUAAACCUUGACACUUUAUCAACUGUCAGAGAAUCCUUUUCUCCUCUCCAUCAGGUGCAGUAAAAUGUGAUGGUAGUAAAUGGAGAGUGAGCACCCCUCCAGAGGUGGGAUGGGAUGGGGCAGUCACCAGGAUCAUCCCUGCAGGGGCUGGAAACGUUCCCCACUGCUCUUGGGGCAAGUGCUCGUGUGUGCUGGGGUCAGCCUGCUCCUCCCGCUGGCAUAAGGAAUUGUUCAAAAGAAAGAGUGAUGUUUGGAAAUCUUGCUUUCAUUCUGGAUCAGAAUAAAAACCAACUGUCAACACUUCCUUUGAAAUGAAAAUGGCGACAAAACACCAAAUUGAGAAUCAGCAUGGAAGACGAACAAAGCGCUUUGUUAAUGUUUUCUUUUGAGGUAAAAUACUUUGGUUUGACUUUCACAUUUCUGUAAAUACACCUUAAUUGCUGCUGUUUCUCCACUAUAGCCCAAAAGUGUGUAUGUAUAGUUUUGGUAAUUAAUGC